UCUCGGCCGCUCUGUGACGCGCUGUCGACGUCAGUUCGUGACGCCGCGUCCCUUUGUUGGCUCAGCAGUGGCGGCGCUUGUGUUGUUAUUUUCUCUGCGGCUGAAAUUUUUUAAGUCUGUAUGAAUUUUUUCCUGGUGCCGUUGUGUCUCACGUUGUAAAUAAUAUCUCUGUCGAGCCCCCUUUGGACCUUUCGCUUGUCUCAACCCGGCGUGAACAUAGUAAUGGACUCGGACGAGGGUUACAAUUAUGAGUACGACGACGAGGAGGAGGAAUGCAGCGAAGACAGCGCCGAAGAGGAGCCCGAAGACGACACCCUGGAGCUCGGGGAGGUGGAGCUGGUCGAUCCCGCGGAGGCCGGCGGCGAGCGGGACGUGUGCGGGGAGACCGGGGGCAGCGGCCUGGGGCCGGGCCAAGACGAGGAGGACUACCGCUUCGAGGUGCUGACCGCCGAGCAGAUCCUCCAGCACAUGGUGGAGUGCAUUAGGGAGGUCAACGAGGUCAUCCAGAAUCCUGCAACUAUAACAAGAAUACUUCUUAGCCACUUCAACUGGGACAAAGAGAAGCUGAUGGAAAGGUACUUUGACGGGAACCUUGAGAAACUAUUUUCAGAAUGUCAUGUUAUAAACCCCAGUAAGAAGUCUCGAACCCGUCAGAUGAACACAAGGUCUUCAGCCCAGGACAUGCCUUGUCAGAUCUGCUACCUGAACUAUCCUAAUUCGUACUUCACUGGCCUGGAAUGUGGACACAAGUUCUGCAUGCAGUGUUGGAGUGAAUAUUUAACAACCAAAAUCAUUGAGGAGGGAAUGGGACAGACCAUUUCCUGUCCUGCUCACAGCUGUGAUAUCUUAGUGGACGACAAUACAGUCAUGCGACUGAUAACAGAUUCAAAAGUCAAGUUGAAGUACCAACAUUUAAUCACUAAUAGUUUUGUAGAGUGUAAUCGACUGUUAAAAUGGUGUCCAGCUCCAGACUGCCAUCAUGUUGUUAAAGUCCAGUAUCCUGAUGCCAAGCCUGUACGGUGCAAAUGUGGACGUCAAUUCUGCUUCAACUGUGGAGAAAAUUGGCACGAUCCUGUCAAGUGUAAGUGGUUGAGAAAAUGGAUCAAAAAAUGUGAUGAUGACAGUGAAACAUCAAAUUGGAUCGCAGCAAACACUAAGGAAUGUCCCAAAUGUCAUGUGACCAUUGAGAAAGAUGGAGGCUGCAAUCACAUGGUGUGUCGGAACCAGAAUUGUAAAGCAGAGUUCUGCUGGGUUUGCCUAGGUCCCUGGGAGCCCCAUGGGUCUGCCUGGUACAAUUGCAAUCGCUACAAUGAAGAUGAUGCUAAGGCAGCAAGAGAUGCUCAAGAGCGAUCCAGAGCUGCCUUGCAAAGGUACCUGUUCUACUGCAACCGCUACAUGAACCACAUGCAGAGCCUGCGCUUCGAGCACAAGCUGUACGCCCAGGUCAAGCAGAAAAUGGAGGAGAUGCAGCAGCACAACAUGUCCUGGAUUGAAGUGCAGUUCCUGAAGAAGGCCGUCGAUGUGCUGUGCCAGUGCCGUGCCACGCUUAUGUACACUUACGUUUUUGCUUUCUACCUCAAGAAGAAUAAUCAGUCCAUUAUCUUUGAGAACAAUCAGGCAGACCUGGAAAAUGCCACAGAGGUUUUGUCUGGAUAUCUGGAACGAGAUAUUUCCCAGGACUCACUUCAGGACAUCAAACAGAAAGUACAGGAUAAAUACAGAUACUGUGAGAGCCGGCGAAGAGUGUUGCUACAGCAUGUGCACGAAGGUUACGAGAAAGACCUUUGGGAGUACAUUGAGGAUUGAGGAUAAAUCCUACAUACCAUGAACUUUUUAAGAAUAACUCUACCAACUAGAGUGCUGAUGCAAUUAAACUGGGCAGCACAGGCCUCUGCUGUCACCGCUGGUCUACUACCCAAUCUUGCAUCACUUUUUUUUGUUUCAUUCUUCUUGUUUUGUUUAAUGGAAACUUUAAAUUAUAUUGUAAUAAAAAGGUAGAAUAUUAAAAAAAAAAAUACAAAUUGUACAACAGUAUUGUAAGCGGCAGAGUGGAGCGCAAAAAGACACUGAAAAAAAAAGACCCUACCCUCCAGGCUUGUACCGUAGCUUCCUCCUUCAAACCUGACUUUUUUGUUUCCAUUUUGACUUCAUUUUCCGUUUCCUUGUGUAUAGGGAAUGGAUUUAUAUGUUUUCAACACAGCUUUAAACGUCCUUAUAGCCAUGUAUGUUGUACGUGGUGAGACCCCCCCUUUGGGUAGCUGAAUGUGGAUUGGCUGAUUGUAAGGUGGUUAAAAAAGCAGAACUUUUGUUUAAAAAGGAAAUCAGUAUUUUUCAAAUUGUAAAUAAUGCAUAUGCAUGGUAAAGUUAAAGAGCAAGAGUGGCACGUGUUUGCAUAAUUUUUAAAAAAAUAUUUAUUCUUUACAGAUCUUGGAGAUGAUGUAUAUUUGCUGUGUAGUUUAAAUAUUCAUCCCUGCUUUGUUUUAUAUUUGAAGCUAUUUUAUGUGGAGGGUGGGAGGCUGGAUAAUUAACACAUUGGGCAAUGGAACAGUCCAUCCCUCUUUCUCUAUUGUUAUCAAUUACAGUUCUCCAGGACAGUCGCAGUGCUUUAUGAACUUUUGGGCCUCUGCUUUCCUCCGACAAAAGGAAGUAACUGACCUAGGGGUAGCAUUUCUUGAGUUAAUUAUUUAUAACAAAUGUUUGGUCCUCCAGAUCCAGUUGGUUUUGGCAUAAUGCUUAGGAAGACCUCUAAACCUUAGGGGAUGAAGGGGAGUUAGGUGUGUUUACAAGGAUGCUCUUCACAGAUGACUGAAGCUUUUCUCAUUGUUUUUAUUAUGAAGUGUAUGAUUUUAAUAUCUGCAGAAAAAAAAACUAUUCUCCUGACCCAACACAAUCCACCCCCAACCCCUCUGUAAUGAACUUCCUGAUAAUUUCUCAGGUCAAAAAAAGGGAAAAACCAUUUAGGAAUAAAACAACCUCUAUUCUUUGAGAAGGAAAUGCUGGGUGUACCUGAAGUCUUUCUCAAAAGAAUUUGUGCGCUCUCGGCAAAAUGUCACUCGGCUUCAGAAGAGAGUGAGAAAUGCAGUUUUUAAGUGUGUAGAACUGAGGAAGAGUUCAGUCUGAGCAAGCACAGGUAAGGUUAUAUUUAAACAGCAAGUCUGUGGAGCUGGUUGGAGCAGGGCUUUCUUUUGUACUUGGGUUUCUUUUGGCUUUAGUUUGACGCUGCUUUACGCAAGUCUCUGAUUUUGGGUUAACUCAUGCUUCAGGGGCUGGGAAGGAAGGGGGCCUCUGGGGUGGCACAGAUGGUAAAAAUAUUUGUAUAAAACCAGAUUUGUUGUAGAUGCUGUAAAGCUUUUGCAUUCAACUUUGUGAGCUGUAUCUGGAAAGGAAUGUACAAAAAAAUGCCAAUUAACUUCUGAAUGCUUCCCACCAAAUUUUCUUUUAGAUUAAGUUACAAGUCAGAAAGUGUGUUUUCUAGUUCUUGGCAUUGUGCCCCCAUGUAAGGCACCCCCUGUAUCUGAGCAGUCGCAGUGGGUUUUCCUUGUUGUUAGAGGUUAACAUUCUUUUUUGUACAGUGCAGCAGUCUGAAAAUUGUCCUGCAUAUGAUGCAGGGAAUGUUGCCCAUAAACUAAAAAGAUGUCUCCUUACACUGAAGUGUGAGCCACUUCUAUACAUAUAUAAAUAUAGAUCUAUAUUUUUGCUCUCAGUUUCUGAACCAUUUUUGGAAAUGGGAGUUGUAGAUCCAAUUGGUUUAAUCUGUUAUAAGACUUCUUUAAAAACUGACUGUACUAUUGAAAUAAAUGUCAUAAAAAACACUUGGAACUGGGAGUGUUGUGUGAGUCUUCACAAUAGAAAAGGUAUAAAGUUGAAACUUGUGACUUGGAUGUCUUGAGUGUGUGCAUGCUUGGAUUAAUAACAGUGAUGCACAUUUAAAUAACAGGUUAUCUAUUAUUGAUGAUAAUUCAGUGACUAAGGCUAAACAUCCCACAAAAUCUAAAGUGGUGAGGACAUCAACAGAAGAUAUAAUUAAAUCUUAAAUAUUCUGAGAUUUUUUUAUCUUUGACUUACAAAAUGCUAGCAAGGCAAUUAUGCUGUAGGUGUUCAAAAAGAAAAUGAUCAUCCUGCUAAUUCUAAUAAAACUGCUUGAUAGUAUAUUGGUGUUAUCAAACUAAUUUUUGAAAUACUAUCCAUGGGUACUUCUGUGUGUGCUUCAGAUGAAAAUGUAGGAUGGGAAAAAUUAUGCAGAACUUGAGAAGGCACACGUGAAAUAUGUGCAUACCAUUUACUGAUUUGUAUAAACCAUCCUGGCCAUUUGUAAAUGACAUCUGUGAAGGAAUGGAGUUUGUUUCCCUACAGAUUAUCCUUCAGUUCCAGAAGCUGACUUGCAACCUUUUUUUUUUUUUUACCAGUUACUGUGCAGUUUUCUUUGCUUGUGCCUUAAUGAUGCAGAAACCUCACUAUGGGGUUUGUGCAAGCAGCACCAGCGUUUGGAUCAAGUCUCCUUUGGCAGUCAACAAGAAAGGCUGUGAUGUCUUUCAUGUGAUUUGUUUUCUGAUUAAAUUGUUCCAAAGAUUUUUGAUAAACCCUAGGGAUUGGGCUUUCACCAUACUUUCUACCCAGCAUUGUACAGUCUUCUCUUUUUCGUUUCAUAGUCUUAACUUUCAAGGAAAAAAUAGAAAUUCGAAUUCUUCCAUAGUGUAGGUCAUGACAAACUUUGGGUUAAGGUUGAUAUUUUCUACAUUAGCCAUGCGGAUAAGGCACCAUAUAUCACGUGAAGUAUAUGUGUCAUUAAGUAUGUUAAAGGAUCUAUGCUGCUAUUGCUUGCAAAACUAUUGUACACUAGAUCAAAGUGGGUUUACCAAAUGCGAAUUGCACCAUAUUUGACGUUGUUGGUUUUUAUGUUUUGGUGGUAUUAAAAGGUCUGUGACCUGCUUUUUUUUUUUGCAAAUGCCACAGAAACGGUGGAAAGUGCAGAGGCCUGGUGAACUGUCCGCUUCCUGUUAAGACAGAUAUUUGAGUUUUGAAUAAAACACUGUAGGGUUCUACCGUGAAUGUGUUACAGUAGCGACCCAUAAUUUCAUUUUUAGAGAGAGCUUGGAAGGAAUUGGGGAAUCAUCAUUUUGAUUUUACUACCGUAAUCGUUAGGGUGUAAUUUGCUGAUAUGAUUAAUGUCAAGAGGCUGGAGUACAAGCCCACGUACUGGUAUUAAACUGAGCUCUGAAGUAGUUCAGGUGGGUAGCUGCGUCAGCAGGCGUGUAAGUGUUCACCCGUAGUCUAAUGUCGUUACCAGUUGAGAAAAUUAGGUGUAAUGUUUCUGAAGGAAUCUGGUGUGAAUUCCCCUACGUAUAUUUGUAAUGACAGGAAAACAAUACAGGGAAAAGGGCUAACUGGCUUAAAAAGGGUCUCAGUUUGGGGUUUUUGUGUUGCAAACGGGCUCCUUCCUGUAAUUUAAUUUAAUCUUUGCUGUUGAGCAGUUCGUGAAGUCCAGGUUACUCUUUUACAGGGUUUCUCAGAUUGGGAGGACACCGUAGCCUAUGAGAGUGCAAAUGUAUGUGUAGGUAAAUAAAAUGCGGAGUAUUUUCUCUUCAGCGUCAUAGUUUCAGCUUAGCAAGCGGUACCUGGAAAGUAACGCUGGGAUACUGGCGACGCCUAUUGUAAAAUGGUUGUCCACAUUACUAGUGCAAAUUAGCGUGCAAUGUUUUAAAAGAUGGGAUUUGUUCUUGUCCUACGAAAUAAAAUUUCUUUUGGCACUA